AUGGCAGAUGAAGAAUUCACAGCCUGGCCAUGGUCAAUGGUUGAUAACGAACAAUUCACUGUACUUUCAGAUGGAAUUGAACAUGGGGUGGAUUGGGACCCAGAGGGAGUAGUUCCUGCGGAUCACCCUCCGGAUGAUAUGCCACAGGCCACAGAUGUCAGGUUUCCCCAAGAUCAUUCACACUUUGAGCAAGCGUUCUUUCAAGACUUCGACGCCGGUCUCCCUCAAACAGUGACUCCCGCUGAACUUCAUUACGGCUUCGACGCAUCAGCUGUGCACGAUGGGCCAUUUAACAUAACUCCUACCAUUCGGAAUAAUGUUGAGCCAUUUUUUCGUCGUCCUACUGAGUUGGGGUUUACUGGUCACUAUGGGGGUUACGGGAACAACAUUGGAGAGUUCCAUUAUCAUUCAGACGUCUUUUCCCACCCACUUGAAUUCCAAAAUCUAUGCUGGACGCCCAGCCAAGGCACAGAAAGUGAUGACCCGCUCAAUUCAUCUGUGGAACAAUCAUUUUUUCAUGCUCGGGAACGUCACUUGGGGAAGGGUGAAUGGAAUGCUGAUGAAAGCUUUGUUGGCGAAGAUGCUAUCGAAGAUGGUAUAGAUGAAGGACAGUCCCAAUGUUCCGAAGAAGUAACGUCACCUAAACCAAUCGCGCAAUCACAUCAUCUGAACGGGUGCGGACCGGAGGUUAAGAAGAGACGAAAUAAGGGUGAACCGGUGGAGAAAAGGACAUGUAAAUUGUGUGGAGUGGUGCUUUCGCACUCCACCUCCCUGAAACGACAUUACGCCCAACAUUUAUCUACUCCUCAACACUUUACCGCUUCCCAAAUUCUAAUCGCGGAGGAGUAUUGUGCGAUGGGGAAGCCUCUCACCCGUUGCAAAUACUGCGCGCUCUUAUCGAAUAGACCGGCCUCAAUCGCCGUGCACGAACGAACACACGCGGAAGGAAUCAAUAUCACCAAAUGCCUAACCUGUGGUGUUGUGUUGACGAGCGCACAUAUUCGCAAGGAGCACAUGAGAAGUCACAAAAAAGACUUGCGGGGAACGUUUAUGCGAGAUGGCUGUCAUAGGAGCAGGACUACCUUUGAUAAGGAGGACGAGUACGACUUCAACUACACAGGCAUCGAUCCUGUUGAGGAUCCAGCCGAAACUGAAGUCAGGAGCGCAUACGAGUGCCGCCUAUGUGCGGCGGUCCUUGUGAGCCGAGCCUUGAGGAGGCGCCAUUAUUCGGUGCAUAAAGACAUUGAGGAAGGCGGUGAUAGAAAAAUGGUUGAUAAGCACCUUGCGAAGUCAGCAACGGAGGAACCAGACGGCGAAGAAGAAGGUCCCAAUUGCGGUGCCACACAAGUUAUACUAUCACGUUUUCGGUGUCAGAUGUGUGGAGUCGCCUUUAAAACAAGGUAUUUUAUGCAGAAACACCAGGCACUGCAUUAUGAAGGGGAAGAAAAUGAUAUCGCAAAGAAAAGAAAACUAGACAUCUCCGACAACGGCGAUUCGGGGAAUGACGAGCCGAGCGAGGUACAGCGGCAAAAGGUCAACAGCGGCGCCAAGCGUGUGAAAGGAACACUUCCAGCGCCGGAAAUGCUAAUGCGAGCUAAGGAUAAGGAUGGACGAUUGGAAAAUUAA